AUGUCGAGCCAGGGCCCACAGGAUUGUAGGUCUGCUCAACAUUUUGCCCUCAUCUAUAUUGAUCAAUAUGGGAAAAUUCACCAUGAGGUCUCCCCUUCAAUCGCCCAGCAUCGCGACACUAUCCUCAGCCCUCAAGUCACUACGGAAUUCCUAAAAGCGGUGGCGAAGUCCACUCAAGUUGGGCUGCAAAAUCCUUCCUUGGAAUUAACUUCCACCCAGCUAGUUCCUGGUCACCUCGUGAGCUAUGGCUCUGACGAUUCGUGCUUACCAAAGAACAUAAACGCCAAAGGACAUAUAGCGCUCACAACGAAUGGAUGCUGUUACAAGCCUACGCUAUGGCCAGGACAUGGAAAAGCUGGCUCGGCCAUCUUGAAAGAUGAACUGUUUCACAUGAAAAGCCCUUGUAUACAGAAGGAAAGACUGAAGCUUCAUGAAGCCGUUUUAUCUAUUAAAGAUACAAACUUCCUUCGUCUAUACUACGAAAAGGUUUUCCAGAAUAUACAACAAACCAAUUGCCGAGUCCUGGCAAAAGCCUAUGUGAAACUUGUUGAACCCCAGAAGCAAGUUAACCACCCUUACAAUGGACGGAAGGUAGUGGCGGGGGAAGUACAGCAAUUAUGUCCCGAGGAGUGUAAGCCUGCAUGGUGGCCCCCUGAAGUGCGCCAUCGGGAGCCCGACCAUCUACUCAAAGCAGGUAAUAAGACACCUUUCUGCGCAUGGUAUGCACUAAACUCAUCAUCACUAGAACGCAUCGCGCUUCUUCUCCAUAUUCUUUGUGAUUUGCGCUGCAGCCACGGAAUUACUUCACAAAAAUUGAAGAAUGCAGAGCAAUCUGUCCGGUCGCAGAUUAUGCCGGUCGAACGAUUAGAACUUCUUGAUGAGUUGUAUCGUGUUAGAGGAGAAGAGGAAAGGUUUUUGGAGGGCUUUCUUGGUAGGGAUUUGAAACCGCUCAUCAUCCACAAUCUAACGCAGUAUAUCUAG